AUGGCUCAAAAACAUGCACAACAAAGUGUGAACACCGAAAAGGCACAUCCCGCCACUCCAAAUCUAUUCAACAAAAUCAGACGAAUCCCAUCGGUCAAAGAUUCAUCGGAUCAAAGCAAGGGGAAAGAGGCCAUGGUUGGGAUCAAGUCCGACGUCAAAACCCUUAAGCAACUCAGCUCCUCAGGUGCGGCUGCCAAGAAGAAGAGAGAGGAUAAUCAGGUAGAUAGAGGAAUGCGCGCUAUAGAGGGAGCUGUCCAAGCUCGUCUCCAACAAGAUCGGGAUAACAAUCAAAGUUCCUCCUAG